AUACACUAGUUAUUUCCGGUGGCGGUUUUGCUAAAACUUCAUCAGUCAUUACGGUGCGGGUUUCAUUUUCUUUAUUAAUUCACUUAUAAAUGCUUUGAUAUGGCGACAUUUUUCGGUGAAAUUGUAUCGGUUUACUCGAGAGCUGUUGAAGAAGAUGAUGACGAUGAUUUGACGCAAAACGAAGAAGAUGAAGAAAUCCGACGUGAAAUAGAAGAGAAGAGGUCAGUUCGUGUGCAGUGGAUGUCUCAGACUGACAAGAGAUCGGUGUCGUGUUCUCAUCUGAUCAUAGCUGUGGGUUUAAACGCCACCGGGUUCACGUCAGCCUAUGUGUUGAGUUGUGGAGGUUGGUCAGCAGUGGGUUGGGUGUCUCUCUGGAAUGAACGCAGUCACAGCUCCAGCAGGACUGACACAGCUCCAGCCCCUGGACAACCGGCCUGUGUUCUCUACCAGCAGGAGCACAACCCGUCUGUCAUGAUGUGUGUGUGCACGUGUUAUGUUGCUGAAGAUCAGCUGUUCCAGUGGGCUGAGGAGGUGUUGGGCUGUGUACAGAAGAGAGCUCUGACAGUUACUGUGCUCUCUGACUGUGUCCUGGCCGAAUAUAAAGCAUCAGACUACCUGAGUGGGAACAGCACACCCUUCCUGCGUGCUCUGAAGACGGCCACGUACACAGGUGCUGUCGCGUGUCCUCUGCUGGAGCAGCCCAACAUCAUCACAGGACUGUCUGCAGCAGUGCUCAGCCACUGUCAGGUUCAUCAGAUUCCAGCUGUUGUGUAUCAGUGUUACAGUGAUGUCACUCAUCCAGACUCGGUCACUAUGGAAACGUAUAAAGCAGCUCUCACAGGUCUGAGCGCAGCAGUGAAGAUGAAUCUGUGUCCGACUUCAGACAUUCUGCAGAAGUUCACACGAGCCAGUGAGGUUCAGAGUAACUUAUACACAUAGAUGUUAAAACAGAACUGUAUUUUUGUAGUUCUUGUGCUUUAGAAACAUAUUAAACAUGACUUGUUUUA